UAUUGAAGUAGUUGAGACUUUGCUGAACAAAAAGAAAUUCGUUCCCACUUUUAUCAGAGGAAAGGCAAUCGAAUACCAUUGCAAUAAAUGAACACAUUUAAUUCCUGAAUUUCUGACCUCGUAUGAACCGAAUCAUUCAUAUAAAGGAAUAUACAAAGGGACUCUCAAGGACAAGGAAAGGUGGUACUAACUCAUCCCGAGCCGAGGUUUUACUACUCACAGUUGUUUUCCAGUGAUUAGCCAAGUGAAAGCUUAAGAUGGUGGUUGAAAUAGCCCAGCUGUUCAGUCCACAAAGGAUAGGGGACAGCAAGACAGCUGUUAUCCUGGCCUUGUAUUUUCCUCUUGGUCUUAUCCUAGCCAUUCUAAGGCUCUUCAUUGGUUUACACGUUUUCAUCAUUGCUUGUAUUCUUCCUAUCCAAGUGCCCUUUAGAAGAGCCUUGCUAAGGACGAUGUACACUGUUCUAGGAUUCAUUGUGUACCCUUCAAAUCAACAGUAUAGAAAUCCAAAUGUAAAGGUUAUAGUAGCCAAUCACGUAUCAGUACUGGAUCAUGUGAUCAUCGGACUCAUCUUUCCUUCUGUAGUUCCUAACGUUUGGAGUCUGCCCCCAUUUCUCAACUGGGCAUUGGGAUACACCAACAUGGGGGCUGCUCAAGGGCGACAGGUGUUCUUAGAUGCGGUCAGGAAGCAUUGUCGUCAGGACACCAGACCAGUGUUAGCAUUCCCUGAGGGAGCUAUGACUAAUGGCAAGGCUGGUCUCCUCAAAUUCAGUACCUGGGCUUUUUCUUUAGAGCGUGAUAUCCAGCCAAUGACGGUGACAAUUAGUAGACCACUCCUCAACAUCAAAGCAGAGGUUUUAGGAAGCAGUUUAUGGCAAGAUCUACUCUGGUUUCUCUUUGUACCAUUCACAGUCUAUAGGAUCAAGGUAUUACCAGUAGAGGAGCGGAGUGACUUUGAGAACGCUGAUGAUUUCUCUCGAAGCGUACAAGAGAUAAUGGCUGACGAUAUGGGUUUGAUAUCCUCUCCAUUCACCAGUGCUGACAAGGCUGAAUAUGUCAAGAAACUUGGUGUCCAACAACCAAGAGAAAGGAGUACUCAGCCUCCACAGGUCAGGCAAACUAUCAAUACACCACCAAGACCAUCAGGGGAAUCCCCUAGGUCAUCUAGGGAAUCCCCAGUAGACAAGAUGAUCAAACAAGUCCAGGAAGUCAUGCCUCAUAUACCAGCACACAUCAUUAGAAAAGAUCUAGAAACCACAAGGUCAGUUGAUGCUACAAUUUUCAACAUCUUAGAGAAUAAGACAGAAAUCCCUAUACCAGCAGAAGAGGUACCUAGUUCCUCCACGGGGUCUGCCAUGCCCCUCUCUACACCCCAUACCAAUCCUCAGAGUUUACCCCAUAAUACAUUCUGUAUGACAUCACAGGAUUCACCAUCUUCAACACUAUCAACUCCAUCACCAGCAUGUACCAAGUUUGCAGCAGAUAAGUUUGGAUCUUCAUCAAGAGAAAGACAGUUGUCAUUACAGGAACGCAAAGCUGCUUUACUUGCCAAUGCUAGGAAGCGUUUCACAGAAACCUCUAAAGUAAGCAACUGAUAAAACAUUGCUCAUCAUUAAAACCUGUAUACACAUGAUAAAGGAGGUGGAUGGACACAGAUGCUUGAAAUGCUCUUCAUCAAAACAUUUUUGGAAUGUGAGAUACAUCUCUUGAGAGUGAAUGGGUUUGCAUCGCCUCAAUCGGAGAACAGUAAGGUUGUCAGAACUGAGUUGGCUACCCUUGGUAAAUUAUUGUUAUAAUCACAAUCAUAUAAUUAUUAUAAUCAUAAGUUUGUCACAAGGACAAAAUUGUUAGAACCCUACCUGAUAAAGAAAAUUCCUUACACAUAAAUGAAUGACUAAAUACAAUGAAAAUAGGAUUGUUUUCAUGCUUAUCCAAAGGGUGAACUUUAUACCUGAACCACCAUGCAAACCUUCACAGAUCAUUAGACAACAGCAUUGACUCUCUAAAAUUUUAGAUCUUUAGAACUACUUUUGUCCUGCAUCAAAAGAACUAUAAAAAAAUACCCCCAUUUUUCUCUUUAUCUAGUCAACUGUCAAUUAGAUCAGAUCAGACAGACCCAAUUGAUGAAGACUUCUUAUAUUACUGGUAUGUUGAUAUAUAUUACCUAUUGAACUAAUUCAGAGUAUUGUCAUUAACUUCAUGGUUUCAAAAGGUUUUUUUUUUUUUUUUUUUUGAUUUUAUCAUCAUAUGAAUGGGUUUUUUGUAAAAGAUCAUUCUAUAGCACUGCAGCUAUAUCGAAUCGCGAAAUGCAGGCGAGACUGCCAGAGGCGCUCCACUUGUUUAUUGUUUCGUUUGAAAUAUAUUCAGCAAAAUAUACUAUUGAUUCCUUAUCAUAAUCUGAUAUAUGAAAAUUUACAUGAAACAUUUUACAUAAAAAUAUGAGUCGUAAUUAAAAAUAAAAUUGAAAGCCUCAUAUUGUAUAAAUCUCUUAGUAGUAUUUUUGAAUUGGAAAAAUUAUGAGCCCAUUUAUUACAGUUUUAAUGAACGGUUGAUUCUUGAAAUGGCCUUUUCAUUUUUGUUUUUAUAUAUUAUUUGAUAAUGGUGUAAACUUAAAAGUAAUACUUUUCAAAUUGGAUAAUCCCCAGUCUAUCUUGAAUUUUCAUAUCUUUGGAUAGUAAAAAUCUGAACAAAUGGUAAAAAACUAUAAAUUGGUUCUUAUAACGGUCAUUUUGAAUCCAUUUCUGGUGAGAAUAGAUACUUCAAAGCUUGGUUUACAAGGUCAUGCAUUUUACAAGUUACCGUACUGGUUUCAUGGUUCUUACUAAAACACAAAUCUAUCCAUAUAAGCAUAUUUGUACCUCAUCAAUGCUUGAAUUAUAAUGAAAAUUGUAUGCAUAUUCCUGGGUCCUGCUGUACACAACUUAGUGAUAGAUUGGAGGGCUAACUUUGACGUUUUAGGCAUUGCUCAUUAUGCGCAAUCAAUCAUGCAAGUUAACUGUAUGAUUAAUCACAGAGAUUUGUGUAUUGGGGCUCAGGGAUGUCACGUUAAAGAACAGGAAAUACUUCAGAUUUUCAGAUAUUGAACAGUAAUUGGCAUGAGAUCGUCAGACAUGGUGUAUGAUGUAUAUUGGGAUAUUUCGCUGUGAUGAAUGCUCAAGGAAGAAAUGGGGGGGGGAUGAGAAAAAUCCUCUGCCUGAUGUGCGAGUCCUUUGAUCACUGCCUAUGUAUUACUUCAGGGGUUAGUUCUAAUUACCUUUUUACAAGGAAAGAUCUAAAUAUAUGUGCGCAAACGCAGACAUCGUCCGAACGGAUGUUGUUACUCUUUCUGCAUAAUUCUUGAAGUGGUCUUUUGGCCAUCAUUAAUCGAAACCAGCAAAAGCAGCUUAAUGUCAAUAUAGAAUCGAGGAAAAGCAGUUGCUGAAUAACAAGUAUGAAUUUUUGCUUGUUCCAUUAUCAUUUUCUCUUUACGUCAACUUGGACAACAAUGAAAAAUUAUGGUGAAAUGAAUAAGAUACACCUGGGUCUUUUAUUAAGCAUUUGUUUCCAUGAGUCAAGAAACUGGUUCAGUUUGCUAUUAGAUCAAUGUUUCAUUGGAGAUCAACCUUUUGUAUUUUCUUGAUAUGCUUUUACCACACAGUUCUUAUCAAUAGGAGCCUGUAUCAUGUAACUUGUGUUUUUUUCUGUUGUCUGAUCAUGGUAUCCCAAUGUGCUACUGCUUGUAAUACUUUGAUACAUGUAUCACUUCAAAGUCAAGUAAACAAAGAAAGUACUUUAGUAAAUACUGAAACUUAUUAAAUGUGCUAAUCUCUAAAUGUAAACUUCUUCAGGCUAAUUAUUUUGUAAAUGAAUAAAAGGCUGGCCAUUUUCAUUUGAA